GGAACGUUCAAAUCAAGUGAUGAGCAGGGAGUCCUGAAGCUUGGCAACUUAAGUCAGGACUACAUUUCAGACCCAGAUCUCCGCACUGUACUGGCUAAUGCAGAACUGGAUGCCAAAAGAAUGAAGGAUUUUGAGGAUCAAGAGCUACUUCUUGCAACGUCUGUGAUUUACAGCGAUAAAUUUGUGCUUAGAGGGAAAAGAAAGCGUCAGGUUGAGAUGCCGCCGUUUGUCCAGAUACUACUACCACAUCUGAAAGCGCAUUGUAAGGGGACGUACAUUCCCCCAGAAGUGGCAUCAAGAACUGUACGGGCGCCAUUUCUCUUCAAGUGCUGCCGCGUUGGCUACAAUAAAGAAGUCAAUCGACUGGAAAUCCGCAAAGGAGAGUACGUGGGUAAGACUGUUACAGCGGAUUUGGACCACUCAACCAAAAUGCAAGAUUCUGAGUACGGCGACUCACUGCCAGUAGAGAUAUAUACGGAUGAAGAUGGCGAUUUGUCAGCGCAUUUCAAGGUUACGUACAUUCCCCCAGAAGUGGCAUCAAGUACUGUACGGGCGCCAUUUCUCUUCAAGUGCUGCCGCGUUGGCUACAAUAAAGAAGUCAAUCGACUGGAAAUCCGCAAAGGAGAGUACGUGGGUAAGACUGUUACAGCGGAGUUGGACCACGCAACCAAAAUGCAAGAUGCUGAGAAUGGCGACUCACUGCCAGUAGAGAUAUAUACGGAUGAAGAUGGCGAUUUGUCAGAUUCUUUGACAGCCGAAGAUAUUGUUAAACUGGACAUCAUUAAGAAAGAGGUGCUGCUUGCGGAAAGGACUUUAGAACGACGUAAAGCGCGAGUGAACAAGUAUCUACAAUGGUUUGAACGGGUAUUGACCACAGACCAAAAGGAGCUGUUUCUUGAUGAGCUAUUGACUGCAGAAGACUGCAAGUUUCUAAAAAGCAUCGCCAUUCCUUUCUCCAAGAAUUCUCCCAAGCUUGAUAUGUCAUCAUUCACAAAGGAAGACAUUCAUGGAUAUGGAAUUGUCUUUAAAGUGCUAAGUGGUAUGAACUUGAACUCUAUCUAGCCUAUUCUUAUUCACCCUAUAUGUUUCUUUUUAGGUUUGAUGUCGCCAUGAAACUCCAAUAAACUAAAUUAGUAUUAAUUUGACGCUUCCUCUGUUGAGUCAGUGAAGAGUUU